ACUUGGGACUGUCUGCCUGUCCYGUCUCUCCACCUCGACCGCCUCCCCCCUUUAACCUCCCCCUCCAUCUCUCCUCUCAGGUCUAAGAAGUCCAAGCUGUCCAUAGACAAGUCCACAGAGACAGAUAAUGGCUAUGUGUCUCUGGAUGGGAGGAUAACCUGUAAGAGUAGUGAGGAGGGGCUACAGCUCCACGAUGGAGGAUCUCACCACUGUGACCUGCUGCUGAGGUCAGACGAGACGUGUUGGACCGCACCCCCGCCUCUCAACACGCUGCUGCUGCCCCCCGUCACCAAGGAGACCCAGAGCCGUGGUGUGGAGAACAUGUCUGAUGAGGCGUCCAGUGAGGAGGAUCCUGAAGCGUCCUACACCGCCCUCCGUAGGGGCGUAGAGCGCAUCAGCAGCGACUGCACGCUGCGCAACAGGAAACCACAUCACUACAAGAAACACUACACCAUCAACACUGAGGUGGACUCCAAGUCCGGUACCAGCUGUAGUUCUCGGUGCUCCAGCCUGCGGACCCAGGACUCAGAGAGCACCAGACACGAGUCAGAGACAGAGGACCUGCUGUGGGAGGACUUCCUGCACUGUGCUGAGUGUCGCUCCUCCUGCACCAGCGAGACAGAGGGAGAGGGAGCGCCCUGCCCUGCUACCAAGAAGGAGUACAGAGAUGACCCCUUUCACCAGGGUCACACGUGGCUACACAGCAGCAACCCGGGUCUGGAGCGGGUCAGUGCCAUCGUCUGGGAGGGGAACGACUGUAAGAAGGCUGACAUGUCUGUCCUGGAGAUCAGCGGUAUGAUCAUGAACAGGGUCAACCUGUUCACCCCAGGUAUUGGCUACCAGGUCUUUGGUAACCUGGUGUCAGUGACUCUGGGCCUGACGCCCUUCGCCUAUAGGCUGUCUCAGUACAAGGACCUGGAACAGCUGACACAGCUCUCAGCCAAUGAGCUCAUCUCUGUGGCGUUCGGCUCCUCCUCCGACGUCAUGGUGAUCACCAUGGUAACGCUCAGCUUCAUGGUGCGCGUCUGUCUCAUCUGGCUCUUCUUCUUCCUGCUCAGCGUGGCCGAGAGGACAUACAAACAGAGGCUGCUAUUCGCCAAGCUGUUUGGUCACCUGACGUCGGCACGGCGAGCCAGGAAGUCGGAGGUGCCUCACUUCCGUCUGAAGAAAGUCCAGAACAUUAAGAUGUGGCUCUCUCUGCGCUCRUAUCUMAAGGUGUGUUCUAUGUUCUCCUAYUGGUUGUUCCAUCAUGUCUACCUGAACCUCCCCUCUGUGUCCAUGAGGAGAUGUGUUGUUGUUCCAUCAUGUCUACCUGAACCUCCCCUCUGUGUCCAUGAGGAGAUGUGUUGUUGUUCCAUCAUGUCUAUUAAUCUGUACCUGAAGAUGGAGAAGAAACCAAACAAGAAGGAGGAUCUGACAUUAGUUACAAACGUACUGAAGCUGGCCACCAAACUAUUGAAGGGUACGGAGUUGGAUGCUCCGUUCAGGCUGUAUGGUCUGACAAUGAACCCUCUGCUCUACAACAUCACCCAGGUGGUCAUCCUGUCUGCUGUGUCUGGGGUCAUCAGUGUUCUACUGGGCUUCAACCUGAAGCUCUGGAAGAUAAAUCAUGACAGUAAACUGAUCAGGUCACUGCUGGCUCUGGAAGAUGUGUACAUUCCCAUGCCACCAACGCAAGCAGAGGCGCUUGUGUCUUUCGCUCACGGGACUGACUGGGCUUCCCUAGAGAUGGGAUCAAAACACAGCAAGAUGACAAUUCAGUUAAAAAGGUAA